CCAACUCCCUACACCAACGUGAUCAUGCCGAGUUUGUUUGGCAUCAUUUGCUUCCUCGGCAUCGUCGGGAACCUCAUUGUGAUCUACACCAUUAUCAAGAAGAAGAAGCUGAGGUGCAAACAGACAGUGCCCGACAUCUUCAUCUUCAACCUCUCAAUUGUGGACCUGCUUUUCCUGCUGGGUAUGCCUUUCCUCAUCCACCAACUCCUUGGCAACGGGGCCUGGUAUUUUGGAGCUCCUUUAUGCACCAUCAUCACCGCUCUGGACACCAACAGCCAGAUCACCAGCACCAACAUCCUGACAGUCAUGACCUUAGACCGUUACCUGGCCACUGUCUAUCCUCUGAAGUCCACUUAUGUCCGGACGCCAUGUGUGGCAGCCUUAGUGAUUGGCCUGGUGUGGCUCCUCUCUCUCCUGACUAUCAUCCCAGUGUGGAUGUACGCGGGGCUGAUGCCUCUAGAGGAUGGAAGUGUCCGCUGCGCCCUUUUGCUUCCCAACCCUGAGACGGAUAUCUACUGGUUCACCAUCUACCAGUUCAUGCUCGCUUUUGCCAUCCCACUGUUCAUCAUCUGCGUGGUCUACUUUAAGAUCCUCCAGCAUAUGGCUACCACUGUGGUGCCCUUGCCCCAGAGGAGCCUCCGGGUACGUACCAAGAAGGUCACCCGAAUGGCAGUUGCCAUCUGCUCUGCCUUCUUCAUUUGCUGGGCGCCCUUCUACAUCCUUCAACUGGUGCAUCUCGGAAUAGACACCCCUUCCGUGGCCUUCUUCUAUGCCUACAACUUUGCCAUCAGCUUGGGCUACGCCAACAGCUGCCUCAACCCCUUCCUCUACAUUGCCCUGAGCGAAACCUUCAAGCGCCAGUUCAUGGUGGCCAUUCGUCCGGCCAAGGAGCAGUUCCGGGUCAACAACAACAACAACAGCACAACGGAAGCCAGCGUGUGUCUGAAGCUUGCCCCAGAAUCCACCCAGCAAACUCAGUUUCUGGAGGACUUUUCUCCACACUCGCUGCCUGUGACGGUUGCCAUUCACUGA